GCUGAAAUUAGUGAUGGAUUACCAGAUCGAAUAUGUGAAAAAUGCAUGACUGUUGUACUAUGUUUCUUUGAGUUUCGGCAGCAGUGUUUGAACCACGAUACUUUACUACGGAAGUCCCUGUCAGCCCACAAUCAACACAAAUUGGGUGGUUGCCAGAAGUCAACAAAGAAAGCCAUUGGUUUCUCUGAGAGCUAGUCACACAUGUAACACCUCUCUGAUUUGAGACCUUCAGUCAGAAACUCACUAUGAAGAUGUCAUUCUUAAAACGCUGAAUUAUAACCGGAAAUGGCUUUUCCUGUAGCCAUGAAAGUGGCUGGCAAUGUCAAACUGGCAUAACAACCAAAGCAGCCACCCUGUGAAUUAUUUGUUGUUAUGAUUUUUGGCAACCUUUUGUGUUCCAGCCAAAUGCCGAAAAUACUUAUUCUGAGACUUCAUUGAUGAGUCAAGAGUGGAACAAAGGCUGCCUACUUUCCUCUCCACGGCUUUUGGAGGAAAGACAGAUGCCGGAAAUUGUACAUCAGUUAGAAAAAGAAUGGACGGAGGAUAUUCCUAUGACAGCUGCAAAAGAUGUGCAAAGAGAGGCAGACACGCCAUGGAGAAUAGACAUUGAGUCCCCAUUUGAGAGAAACGACCAAAGUGUUAAAAAGAUUGCUUCCUUUGAGACCAUUGAUGCCAAUGGAAAUGUUGAUCCUCUUUGUUUAUUUGAAACAUUGGACACACCAGUAAAUUAUUGUGGCAAUGAUCCAGAUGAUGUGAGUGAGCAAGAAAGUGAAAUCUCAUUUUUGAGUCCAGAUACCAUAACUGGUGAUAUAAUUUUGAUUAAUAAGACUGAUUCAGAAUCAGACUCUAUUGAUAUUGAGUCCAUUGAAGAUUCUGAACACCCUAAAGAAACUGAUCUGAUUGAUUUCAAGGAAAUAUAUGCAGGGAGGAUAUCACGCACUAAAUCUGGACUUUGGAGAUGCAAUAUUUGUAGUGCUGAGUAUUCAAAUCUUAGUGCAUUGAAGAAACAUAUUGCCCGGCAUUAUUCUGGCUCUCUUAAUCAAUGUGGGGAAUGUGAAGCUUGUUUUGAGACAUCUGAUGCCUUGGACCUCCACCAGAUACACCAUAUUACCUCCUGUUUGGUUCUUGGUCACACUUGUCAUCAUUGUUAUAGAUCGUUUCGACUCAAGCAUAUAUUGGAGAAGCAUCUAGCCACUGAGCAUGUGUGUGCUAGUAAACUUAAAUCCGGAACAAAGAAAUUUCGUGAAACUUGUGGUAAAUGUGCAAGGGUCUUUUACUCAAGUUUUGAAAUGGAAAAUCAUGAUGAAUCAUGUGAGGACCUAGUUUUUGAAUCAGAUGAGGAAUCUUCGGAAGAAAAUUUCCCUUUCACAGCAUCAGAGGACAACAAAACAAAACUUUUAAAACUGUGUCAUUUAUGUAAAUUGAGUUUUGAUAAUACGAAUCAGAUAGUAUUACAUUGCAAGUUGGUUCAUAACAAUGAUGUCCCAUUGAAAUGUGAUGUGUUUGAAUGUCACAAAACGUUCAAAACUGCUAAAUCAUUUUUGGACCACAGGAAGAUUCAUGAUCCUGCAUUUCUUUGUAAUAUUUGUAUGAAAUAUUUUCACCAUAAGAGUAAACUUGAUGACCACAUGAGAAUACAUUCUGGUGAGAAACCAUUUAAAUGUUUGCUCUGUCACAAGUCAUUUAGUUGUCAAAAAGGACUAGCACAUCAUAAAAAUAAUCAUUUUAAACCUUUUAAAUGUGAAUUCUGUGGGAUGGCCUUUGGAUCUAAAUUUAAUCUUAGUAGACAUAAUAAUAUCCAUCAUACAGAACGUAGGAUUCAGUUUAUUUGUGAGGUUUGUGGUUCUAUCUUCAAUGAUAAACACACCCUACAAAUGCAUAUUUUACAUCAGCACCAGCAAAACUGGCACUGUGUCAUAUGCAGAAAAGUUUUUCAUAGUCAAGCUAGUUACGAGAAACACCAAUUGUUACAUGCCAAAAAGAGUCCAAUUUUAUGCAAAAUUUGUUGUCAAGUAUUUUUUACUAGGGAGGCACUAACUAAACACAGUAAGAAGCUUCACGCCUCAUCACCGUUUGCUUGAGCAAUGCGUUACAAAGUAACUAGUCAAAAAGCUGUGAUAAUUAAUUCUAUUCGAAUUGCAAUUAAUUUCCAAUUUGUAAGAAAAUUAUGAAUUAAUAUAGAAAUGUUAUUAUUUCUUCUAAAAAAAAAAAUAUCCAAAAUUGGUUUGCUAAUAAACAUAAAAUGAACUUGA